AUAUAGUCGAAAUUAUCGAGAGCAUAUCCUAAUAAAUUAAAUCAAAUAAAUAAUUUUAAAAAAAUAGAGUGGCAUUCCAUUAUUGUCAGGAUAGUAAUUUGGACAAAUAUCUCCGUCCAUCUAAUAUAUUAUCUCUUACUUUCCUUUCUUGUUUCGGUUUGCCAAACAUGCACUUUUGUGUAAUAUAUAUAUAUAAUCAUCAGUAUGUAUAGCAGAAUUAUAUUAAUCUAUUGAUCAAACUUCUCUCCAAUGGAGGCAGAGGCAGAUGCAGAGGCAAAUGAUAAGUGGGAAGGGAAGGUUUCUGCAAGGCUAACAAAAGCCUCUGCAGACCAAAUAUGGCCUCUGUUCAAAGAUUUCUUCAACUUCCACAAAUGGUUUCCUAGUCUAGCCACCAGCUAUGGCGUCCAUGGCACAAACGGUGAACCCGGCUGCAUCAGAUUUUGCUCCGGUUUCUCAAUUCCAUCCAACGACGGUGACAAACCACCCGUUAGCUGGUCCAAGGAAAGACUCGUAGGCGUUGAUGAAGCUGAACAUCGCUUAUCCUAUGAGAUCGUCGACAGCAAUAUCGGAUUCAACUCCUAUGUGUCCACCUUUGAGAUUCUUCCCAUAGACGGCCAUGAUCAUCAUCAUCAUGAUUGCGUGAUUGAGUGGUCCUUCACCGUUGAUCCUGUAGACGGUUGGGUAUUGGAUGAUUUGGUGGGGAAAUAUCAGGUGGGCUUGCAACGCCUGUCUCAGAGAAUGGAGGAUGCAUUUGCAAAUUUAGAGUAAUUAAGAAAAUAAAUAAUAGUCAUGCAAAAAAGAAAAAAGAAAAUAAAUAUUGUCUGUCUUCACUUUAGCUUUGUCAAUUUAUGAAAUUUUAUAAUCCCCAAUGUCUAUUGAAGCCUCUUUUCCUUUUUAUGACCUAUGGAGUAGAGAAUUAAGAAUCAGAGACCAAUUAAAUGGGAUGGGAGUGUGGUUUCUUACGACAAGGCUAUAGAAAAGACAAUAGUUUAUAAUUAGAAGUCAACCUUUUUGACCAAAUUUGUUUUACCACAUGAGAUUAGUACUUGGAAAAUGAAUGCAAUGAUAUUAUUUAAUAAACAAAAUUUGGUGAGAAGAUUUGCUUCCUCUAGAACU